CUUGCUUGCUCUAAGUUGUCCAGACGCUCUGCGAGAAAAUCGGCAUGAGAAGGUCGUCACAAAUUUUGAGAUGUGCGGAAAAAGCGGCAGAGACUGUGGCAGAAACGAAGAAAGAAAGUUUGCUAAAGAAGCUUGGAAAUCACUUCAAAAGUAUCCUUGAUGACUAUAAAACAGUUGCUUUGGAGACUGUACAGGAUAUGAAAGAUCGUCCAAUAAAGUCAGGAAUAUACCUUUCUAUUCUUGGAACAACAGUUGCACUCUUCAAAACCAAUCCGGAUGAGAUUCAGUUCAACGCUAAACACACCCAGAGCAUGAUAGACUUGAUGAUGGUUGGUGACAAAACACGCAAUCCUCAGAGUCAAGAGGUGAUAGACAGUGUUUCCAAACUAAAGAAUCAAGAGAGGCUUAAAUACUACAAUUUAGGCUUUUGUUCUCUUAUGUGUGAGAGGGAGUAUGGCUUGGAUGUUGGAUUGUAUUCAGCAAAUUGUAAAUAUGUUAGACCACAUUGGACACAGUUUCACAAGACCAUUGUGGAUGUCGGUGUGUUUGGAAGGUGGAUAAACUUGAGUAAGGGUAUGGUUGACUAUGAUAUCAACCCCGAAGAGUGGUUAGAAGAUGGGUCGCCCAAUACGGAGUUCAAAUAUUAUAACAAAGAUUCCUUGAUACGAUGGGAUAUGACAAUGAACAAUUGAACAACUGUGAUCUCAUAGUUUUUAAAAAAAAUGAUAAACAAAAUGCACUGAUUAUGCAGAUUAUAUCAU